AUGGAUGCACCUCUAAGAACCCCUCAGCAGACGAGGCUGAACCCUCACCAAGCGCACCAUCUCACUUUCCUCAGGAGUGGCAACAUCCUUCUAAGGAUGGGGGACAUUAUUGAAUCCUGCUGGGACGCUUUUCCCUGGAUCAGUGACCAAGCGACAACUCUGGGUCUCACAAAACGAGAUAACCGGUUUGGUCAGCUUGGUGGUGAGCUGUUCAUCUUCACACAGCACCUCGCAUUUUCUGGCCAGACAAUCAUCGACGCCAAAUUGUUGAAGAUUGCAGAGAUUGUGAAUAGAGCUUGCAGCGUCUCGACGCCGAAGAAGGGUGACGGCACGGGCCUCUCGCUUCAUGUCCUUCAGCGCAUACUGCAAUGCAAGCACUCAAACACGUUCACCGAGAAAACUCUUAUUCAUGAAAUCCAAGUCGCUCUUUCGCACUUUGUCCUGAAGAACCCCGAGUUCCCAGUGCUCCUCCAGGAUUACACUUGCGUGGACCAACCUGAAGGGUUGACCAGCAUCCUAGACGAUAACGAAGCAAACCCUGGUGAAGACGAAUCUGGCUAUCCGGCUCUGGUAAACAAUACUCUGUACGCCCAGCUUCGGCUGCACUCGAAGUGCUCGUGCCUUGUUCAACAUCUUCACCAUGUGCGACUUCGCCUGAGCCCCGAUAAAUGUGGCCCGGAACAGGACAAAAUAUUGUUUAAUAUCUUGCUUAACACUAGUUCGGAUAGUAACGGCAAUGCUACCCCUCAAGGCUCAAGGCGGCAAGGGAAAGCGUGGUGGAAAGAGGUUGCAGUAUCAGUUGCAAGGCCAGUGAGCAAGAAACGAGUUGCUUUCAGAGACCCGCAUACAGGCGCAUCUCAUAAACUGCCUAAUCACCCGCCAUCUCUGGGCUACCUGCGAAACAUCAAGCUGGGCGAAUUCUGCAGGAUGAUUGAUGUGCAAGCGGACAGUCGCAUUUACUUACAGGUUUGGAACAAUUCGAUGAAGGUAGAUGAAAUUGCCAGAGAACACACAUCACGGAAGACCUUUCCAACUAAGAGCGUGCCAAUGGUGGACUGGCUGGAGGGACCAGUACGCCUUUCAAAGAGGGUGAAAGUCACAUUGGCCUAUACCAUCGCGAGGUCCGUGUGGCAAUAUUACAGUUCGUCGUGGAUGGCAACGCCCUGGACCCUGGAAAACAUCCACCUAAUCAAGGAAUUGACUAUCGAAAGCAGUCAUAUCCGCCCCCAUCCUUAUUUCGUCACUGAGCUCAGUAAACACGCAGAUCAGAUACGCGAUUUCUGUACCGCAGACGACCUCCUGCAUAUGUAUCCGAAUGUCCUUGCACUGGCAAUCAUACUCCUUCAGAUAGCAACACAGCAGCUGUUUGGGUCAGAAAGUUUGGAUUGUCCCUGGAGCGCGACCACGAUAAAUGACUACUAUGAAUGGGCGUGGACAACAGCAAACCAGUGUGCACUCAAACUUAAUGUUGGGGAGAUAUAUGAAAGAGUUGUGAACAACUGCCUUGACCCUGACUUGUUUCAGGACGCGCCCCUUGACACAGUAAUCCCUGAAUCGAACUUGGACACCCGGCUAUCAAUAAUAUAUGAUAAAAUUGUAAAACCACUACGCGAUCUAUACCAUGCAUAUCGUGACGACUGGGAGAUUGAGGGCGAUGCCGAGCAAACGAAUUCGACUCAAAAAAUCAAUGAGCACCACACCAUGCUCUCAGUCCUGGUCGGCCUCAACCAGUUCACGGUUGCCAUAUUCUGUGCACUGCCCUUGGAAGCAGAUGCUAUCCAUGAGCUUCUGCAAGAAAUCUGGCCCGAGGAUCACAUCAAGUCCAGCAAGGCCCCGGCCGACAACAAUGAGUAUACGCUUGGGAAAAUCAUGUCACAUAACGUGGUUCUCGUUCACAUGCCGGGGAUGGGAAAAGGUGCUGCAUCCCAGGCGGUUUCUAAUCUCCGGUCCACCUUUCCUAACAUCGAGCUCGCUCUGGUUGUUGGUAUUUGUGGUGGUGUUCCUACUCGGGGGGACGAAGAGCUGAUUCUGGGUGAUGUCGUUAUUAGUGAGGGUAUUGUGCAGUAUGAUCUAGGCAGCCAAUAUCCGGAUGUCUUCACGAGCAAGCCAGGUGCGCAAGCCAUGAAUCUGCCUCCUCAGAGGAUCCGGGCAAAACUCGCCAAACUAAAAGGCUUGCGUGCUCGAGAGCGCCUUGAAGCAAGACUCCUCACUCAGUUUCAAGUCCUAGAUGGAAAGCUAGGGAGUCGAAGAGUUGGGUAUCCAGGAGUCGAGAAAGAUUGUCUUUACCAAUCCAAGUACCGUCACAAGCACCUCGGCUCGGCCCACUGCGCGGUAUGCAGUGCCUAUCGAGUUAGCACAGACCCGGUGUGCAAGGAAACACGGGCGAUGUCAUGCCAGGAGCUAGGAUGCCGCGAUAAAUUCCUCGUCCAUAGAAUGCGACUCCAAGCCUCAAGCACUUCUCCCCCAAAACCCAAAAUCCACUUUGGAUUGGUCGGAUCUGGAGACACUGUCAUGAAGUCCGGAGAGCAUCGUGAUACAACUGCCACCAUGCAUAAUCUUGUUGCCUUCGAGAUGGAGGCUUCAGGGAUCUGGGACUGUUUACCCUGUCUGGUUAUCAAGGGUGUUUGCGACUAUGCGGAUAGCCACAAGAACAAAUAUUUCCAGAACUAUGCUGCUACUACAGCUGCAGCUUGCCUAGGCGCAUUCUUGCAGGAAUGGCCAUGA